UCCAUGGUCACAUCGCGGGCCCCGGCGGCGGCCCCGGCGCCCCCAGGGACAAGCGCCCCGCCCGGCAGGGACGAAGGGGCAGCGCCGGCCGCGGAGCGCUGGGCGGCGGGGGCGGCUCAGCGCCGCGGCGGGCGGCGGCCCAUGGCUGCUCCGCUCCGCUCCCCCGGCUCGGGCCGCGACUGCGGCGGAGCGCGGCACCGCCUCCUCCCCCGUCUCUCAGUUCCUGUUGCAGCCGCUCCGGCACCUUCUGGGACCCAGGAAGCUCCGCGGCGGCCCGGGGAGCCGCCGGGGCUGGUGUCACCUGAGGGCGGCGGGGGAGGGCGGGCAGGCCGAGCCCUCCGCGGCAGGUGCGCUGCGGAGCCCGGCAGGUGGGCCCGGGCAGCGCGUGGGCACCGUCCCGUGUCCCCUCACGGGCACCUGCACCCGCUGCUGGAGGCGCUCGGAGGAUGGGUCCGGCUCGUGUGUGCACCGACACAUCGCAGCAGCACAUUGUGCGCAGCAGGAAAGGGCAGCUUUUCGUACUAAAGGUCAUAAAUGUUAA